AUGUUGAAGAUUAAGCGUUUCUGGAAUCCACUAAAGUCAGCUCGUGAACCACAUGAUGCUCAUGGACAUUCUUCAUCAUCAGCAACUCCAGUCCAAUCACAUGCUAUCGAGCCCUCAACAAUAGUACAAGCCCUCCCACAUGCUCAUGAAGUCCCACAACAAGAACAAGCUCCAAUUCUUCCUUCUAAUUCAAGUGCAACAUCUCGCCGUGCCGGACGUGAAUCUACAAAGUAUUGGAUAGUAGAGGCAAAAGACUCGGAAAAUGCUACCAAGCAAAUUAGGGUCAAGGUCAAUGAAGUUAACAACCUAACUGUUGGGGAGCGCAUCAUUGUGAAUUUUGAUGACUACAAUGCAUCAUAUGGUGAAGCACAAGGAUUACUUGGAUAUUGUGGAUCGCUGGCAAUUGAUUGUAAUUUGUUUCCGAUUAGUUUUGAGAAGUGGUCAGGGCCAUCGGGCAUGCCUAAGAAGUACAUGGAAGACUGCUUUGAAACAAUAUUGAAGGAGCUUUGUAGAAGAAAUAAAGAAAUUCGAAAGAAACAAAAAAUGCCACACACUGGUGGUUCAAAAGCUCACUCGAGAAGACGAUAUGAGCUUUUUUUGGAAACUGGAAAAACUCCUAGUCGUGGAAAAAUGUUUAUUGAAACUCAUAAGAAAGCUAAUGGAUCAUGUGUAAAUGAUGCGGCAAGGACUAUAGGGAUGUUAGGGACAGAGCACUCUGGGAGAGUACGAUGUAUGGGUAUGGGAGCAUCUCCUUCGAACACAUUCAGGAAUAAGAAAGGACAACUUAGUGAUCCGAAUGUUUCUUCAUCUAGCUAUGGUACAUCAUAUGCAACAUAUACCUAUUUGCAAAAAAAGCUUAUGCGUGUGGAAUCCCAACUAGAAGGCACCUUAAAUGCGUUGAAGGUCUACGUGAUGUCAAAGAAAGGUGUGGUUCCUGAAGAAUUUGCUGGUCUGUUUGCGCUUCAACCACAUGUAAGAAGUAAUAUAAUCUGUCUUCUUCUGUUACAACAACUUCUGAUGGAGGUGGUGGCAAGGAAUUCCCAUCUCCUAGCAGAAGUUAAAGGCUUUGAUUUGGUUAGGAUAAGGGCUACAUUUGAUACAAUCUUGUUUCCUGAUCUUGUUUGGAAUUAA